AGGAGGUGGCAAAAGCGCACGGAGUCCUCCGACUGCACGUUCCGCAAAGUGAGCUCUCCUCCUCGGCGUUUUGAAGCCACCCUGACAGGCCCUGAAUAGUUUACAGAUGAGGAAACUGAGGCCCAUCCUACACUCCUGGCUUGAAGUGAAAGUGCCCGGGCCACCGCCGAGACAGGUGGACUGGCCUCGGAGCACGGGUUUGCGCAGUGAUUUAGGGCUUCCCCUGCCUAAAUAACCUACACCUGGGCCACCUGUUUUGGAAGCAUUCCUGGAGCCCAGGACACCGAAGGAUGAGGUCCUUUGUGGAAAGAGCACUGGACUGGGGUCAUGAGGACAGGCUUCGACUUGGAUCGGUGUUUCUUAGGACUCGCAUCAACUGCGGAAAGUUCUGUAUCUUGCUCGAUUUUGAUUUUCUCGUCCACAAAAUGGGAACAACAUGGAGUUUGGAGAAAAAUUGAAUGAAAUAACAGAUAUGCAUGCAUGGCACCCCAAGAGAGAUCAUUUUUCUACAGCGAACUCGGUGUGUUCCUGGAAAAGUUCCAAGAGAGGAGCUGCUCAGUGGAAGGGAAGACUGCCCAGACCAGGAGAUCACCAAGAGUGACUCGAUACAUCAUAUGAGCCACUCCCAGAUGCAGCCAGAGCUGCCACCUCUGCCUGCUUCUGCUGGAGAGGAACCAUCUGAACUCUAUCAGACCGUCAUGUCACACAGCUUUUAUCCCCCCUUGAUGCAACGCACAUCGUGGACCCUGGCUGCACCCUUCAAAGAGCAGCACCACUACCGAGGACCCAGCGACUCCAUUGCCAACAACUAUUCUUUGACGGCCCAGGACCUGAAGUUGAAGGACCUGCUGAAGGUUUACCAGCCGGUCACCAUCAAUGUCCCUAGGGAAAAGAAUGUUCAGGGGCUGCCAUUAGCAGCUAACUACUCUUCAGAACCCAACAAGAAGAAAAGAAAGUUCUCCACUAGAGGCAAAGAGGAUUCCACCAGGACCAAGCUGGCCUUCAAUAUCUCGAACUCAUCACCCACAAAGAAGGAGGUGGUGACAUCUUCGACCCUUCCAGGAAGCAGGCCAAUGAGUCCAGAAGAACAAAUUAGUGUGAUGUUACAGCGGGAAAUGGAAAUAGAAAGUAAAGAAACCCAGCCAUCUGAUUCAGACAUAGAGAGGUACUAUUACUAUGUGACCAAUGGCAUCCGAAAAGACAUGAUUGCCCCCGAGGAGGAUGAAGUGAUGCAUCAGAUUUCAAAGCUGAUUCCUAACACACUGCUGACAAGUCCCUCGCUGGAACCCCUGAUGAGCAGCCUAGUGAAGGAGAAGGAAAAUGACUACUACAGUAGCGUCAUGAAAAGCAUUGUUGAUUACAUCCUCAUGGACCCAACAGAGAGGAAAAGACUCUUCAUCGAGAACAUUCCCCGCGUGUUUCCUCAAAGAGUGAUCCGGGCCCCUGUGCCCUGGCGCCAUGUCUACAGGAAUGCCAAGAAGUGGAACGAGGAGCAUCUGCACACGGUGAACCCCAUGAUGCUCAGCCUGAGAGAACUGUGGUUUAAAGAAUUUAGAGACCUCAGGUUUGUUCGAACAGCAGAAUUACUGGCGGGAAAACUGCCUCUGCAGCCUCAUGAAUAUCAGGAUGUGAUCCAGAAACACUGCAUGGAAGCACGCCAAAUUCUUCUCAACAAGUGGAUCCCAUCCUGUGCCCAGCUUUUCAUCUCACAGAAGGAGCAGUGGGUCCAUUUUGCUCCCAAAAGUGACUAUGACUCCUCUCAUAACAUUGAGGAAUAUUUUGCUUCUGUUGCUUCCUUCAUGUCACUCCAGCUGAGGGACUUGGUCAUUAAGUCUCUCGAGGACCUGGUCUCCUUUUUCAUGAUACACAAGGCUGGAAAUGACUUUGAGGAGCCUUACCAAGAGAUGGAGUUCUUCAUGCCUCAGCUAAUCAUGAUCAAACUUGAAGUCAGUGAUCCCAUUAUCGUCUUUAACCCAUCUUUUGAUGACUGCUGGGAAUUAAUACACAACUCUUUCUUGGAAAUUAUUAAGAACUCUAGGGAGAUCCCCAAGGUGGAAUCUAUCCUGUUCCCAGAGCUGAAAGGCUAUAACUUGAUUCUUGGAACUGUGAAUACUGAAGAAAAACUAGUUUCUGAUUUUGUGGAUCAAACCUUUGAGGUAUAUCAGAAAAAUCAAGUUGGCCCCCACAAAUACUUAAAUGUCUACAAAAAGUAUGAUGACUUAUUGGAUAACAUGGCAGAACAAAACAUCACCGCGUUCCUGAAAGAAAACCAUGAAAUUGAGGAUUUUGUGGUGAGGAUCCGUAGCAUAAAAAGGCGGAGAAACGAAAUUGCAUCCAUGCACAUUACCGUGCCUUUGGCCAUGUUCUGCCUUGACACCAUGAGCCUAAAUUAUGACCUCUGUGAGCGAGCCCAAAAUCUUAAAGACCGUCUGAUCCAAUUCCAAGUGGAUGUAAACCGGAACAUGAAUACCAGCAUUUGUAAUCAGUACAACACCAUCGCAGACAAAGUCAGUGAGAUUCCUGCCAACACAGAGGAGCUCGUAUCCCUCAUUGAAUUCUUAAAGAAAUCCAGUGAUGUCACCGUGUUCAAACUCAGGAGGCAACUUCGAGAUGCAAUUGAGCGGUUGGAGUUUCUGAUGGACUAUGCAGACUUGCCCCAAGAGGAUAUCAAAUUGAACAGCACUCUGUUCCUCUGGCCAGACCAGAUUGAAGAUAUCUUUGAAAACAGCCGAAACUUGCUCCUUAACAAGAGGGAUCAGGCCGAGAUGGACCUCAUUAAAAGGUGCUCAGAAUUUGAGGUGAAACUUGAAAGCUACAACAAGGAACUGGAUGGGUUUAGGAAGCGUGAAGUGAUGAGCACAGAAGAAAUGAAGAACAAUGUUGAAAAGCUUAGCGAGCUUUCAAAGAACCUAGAUCAAGCCCUGAUGGAAUUUGAGUUGAUCAAUAAGGAGGAAGAACUGUUGGAAAAGGAGAAGAGUACCUUCCCUCUCCUGCAAGCCUUGAUCAGCAACAAAGUGCCUUAUGAGCAGCUGUGGCUGACGACAUACGAGUUUAGCAUCAAGUCAGAGGAGUGGAUGAACGGACCCCUCUUCUUACUGAAUGCUGAGGAGAUCUCCGAGGAAAUAGGGAACAUGUGGAGAACGAUAUAUAAACUGACCAAGACCCUAGCUGAUGUACCCGCACCCAGACGGUUAGCUGAGAAUGUGAAAGUCAAGAUUGAUAAAUUCAAACAGCACAUCCCUAUCCUCAGCAUCUCCUGCAAUCCAGGAAUGAAGGAGCGGCACUGGCAACAGAUCAGUGAGAUUGUCGGCUAUGAAAUAAAGCCCACAGAAACAACUUGCCUCUCGAAUAUGCUGGAAUACGGGUUCGGCAAAUUCGUUGACAAACUGGAGCCCAUUGGUGCAGCCGCCAGUAAGGAAUACUCUCUGGAGAAAAACUUAGAGAAAAUGAAGUCAGACUGGGUUAACAUGACAUUCAACUUCGUGAAGUACAGAGACACUGAUACAAGCAUCUUGUGUGCAGUUGAUGACAUUCAGUUAUUACUUGAUGAUCACGUGAUAAAGACCCAGACCAUGUGUGGCUCCCCAUUCAUCAAACCAAUAGAAGCAGAAUGCCGGAAGUGGGAAGAAAAGCUGGUUCGUGUGCAGGAAAUUUUGGAUGCCUGGUUGAAAUGCCAAGCCACCUGGCUAUACCUGGAACCGAUCUUCAGUUCAGAGGACAUCAUAGCCCAGAUGCCAGAAGAGGGCAGGAAAUUUUCCAUCGUUGAUAGUUACUGGAAAUCAAUCAUGUCCCAAGCGGUGAAAGAUACCAGGGUUCUGGUUGCAGCAGACCAGCCAAGGAUGGCUGAGAAGCUUCAAGAAGCCAACCUUCUGUUGGAGGACAUCCAGAAGGGGCUGAAUGAUUACUUAGAGAAGAAGAGACUGUUUUUUCCGAGGUUCUUCUUCCUGUCAAACGAUGAGCUGCUGGAGAUCUUGUCAGAGACGAAGGACCCCCUCCGCGUGCAACCACAUUUAAAGAAGUGCUUUGAAGGAAUUGCCAAGCUAGAAUUUACAAGCAGUCUGGAGAUUGUGGGAAUGAUCAGCUCAGAAAAAGAAACCGUUCCAUUCAAACAGAAAAUCUACCCAGCUCAAGCCAAAGGCAUGGUGGAGAAGUGGCUCCAGCAGGUGGAGAAGAUGAUGAUUGCCAGUAUGCAGGAGGUUAUUAGACUUGGGAUUGAAGCAUAUGUCCAGGUACGUCGUAAUCAGUGGGUCUUGCAGUGGCCUGGCCAAGUGGUUAUCUGUGUCUCUUCCAUCUUUUGGACCAAGGAGGUAUCCCAAGCCCUGGUGGAAAAGACCCUACCAGAUUUUCUGAAAAAGAGCAACGAUCAGAUUGCAGAGAUUGUCCAGCUGGUCCGAGGGAAGCUGAGCAGUGGGGCUCGACUCACCCUCGGGGCCCUCACGGUCAUCGAUGUCCACGCUCGUGAUGUGGUGGCCAAGUUAUCUGGGGAUAACAUCUGUGACCUGAACGAUUUCCAGUGGAUCUCCCAGCUGCGUUACUACUGGGAUUCAAAGGACGUGCAGGUGCAGAUGAUCACCACAGAAGCCUUGUAUGGCUAUGAGUACCUGGGGAACUCCCCCCGGCUGGUGAUUACGCCCCUCACGGACCGCUGCUACAGGACACUGAUGGGGGCUUUGAAGCUGAACCUUGGGGGAGCUCCAGAGGGACCAGCUGGUACAGGCAAGACAGAAACCACCAAAGAUCUGGCCAAAGCUUUAGCCAAGCAGUGCGUGGUCUUCAACUGCUCAGAUGGUCUGGAUUACAAAGCCAUGGGGAAGUUCUUCAAGGGGCUGGCCCAGGCUGGAGCAUGGGCCUGUUUUGAUGAGUUCAACAGGAUUGAGGUAGAAGUGCUAUCUGUGGUGGCUCAGCAGAUCCUCAGCAUUCAACAGGCCAUCAUCCGGAAGCUGAAGACAUUCAUCUUUGAAGGUACCGAGCUCUCUCUCAACCCAACCUGUGCUGUCUUCAUCACCAUGAACCCCGGGUAUGCUGGCAGGGCUGAGCUUCCAGAUAACCUCAAGGCCUUAUUCCGGACAGUAGCCAUGAUGGUGCCAGAUUAUGCCCUCAUUGGAGAAAUCUCCCUCUACUCCAUGGGGUUUCUGGACUCUAGAAGCCUUGCCCAGAAGAUUGUCGCGACCUACCGCCUGUGCUCAGAGCAGCUGUCUUCACAGCAUCACUAUGACUACGGCAUGAGGGCAGUCAAGUCUGUGCUCACUGCUGCUGGCAACCUGAAGCUCAAGUAUCCUGAAGAGGAUGAGAGUGUCCUGUUGCUUCGGGCCUUGCUUGAUGUCAACCUGGCCAAAUUCUUGGCCCAAGAUGUCCCUCUGUUUCAGGGGAUUAUAUCAGACUUGUUUCCUGGAGUUGUUCUCCCAAAGCCAGACUAUGAAGUUUUUAUAGAAGUGCUGAAUGAGAAUAUCAAAAAGAUGAAGCUCCAACCAGUACCUUGGUUUAUUGGGAAAAUUAUCCAGAUCUAUGAGAUGAUGCUGGUAAGACAUGGCUUUAUGAUUGUUGGAGACCCCAUGGGUGGCAAGACCUGUGCUUAUAAAGUGCUGGCUGCAGCUUUGGAUGAUUUAUAUGAAGCCAAACAGAUGGACGAAUUUGCUGUAGAGUAUGAGAUCAUCAACCCCAAGGCCAUCACCAUGGGGCAGCUCUAUGGGUGCUUUGACCAAGUGAGCCAUGAAUGGACAGACGGUAUCCUUGCCAAUACUUUCCGGGAGCAAGCGUCUUCAGUAUCUGAUGAACGCAAGUGGAUUAUAUUUGACGGGCCAGUAGAUGCUGUUUGGAUCGAAAAUAUGAAUACAGUUCUGGAUGACAAUAAAAAGCUGUGUUUAAUGAGUGGAGAGAUUAUCCAGAUGAGCCCCAAGAUGAGUCUGAUCUUUGAGCCAGCGGACUUGGAGCAGGCCUCUCCGGCCACUGUGAGCAGGUGUGGGAUGAUCUACAUGGAGCCCCAUCAACUAGGCUGGAAGCCCUUGAAGGACUCAUACAUGGACACCCUGCCUGCUAGCCUCACUGAGGAGCACAAGGAAUUGGUCAAUGACAUGUUCAUGUGGCUUGUCCAGCCCUGCCUGGAAUUUAUUCACCUUCAGUGUAAAUUUGUGGUCCAAACAUCUCCUAUCCACCUUGUCUUCUCAAUGAUGAGACUGUAUUCCUCCCUGUUUGAUGAAAUCAAGAAAAUAGAUGAGGAGGAAAGAGAAUUACAUGAAGGCCUGACAAGUCAACAGAUCUUUCUCUGGCUGCAAGGUCUAUUCCUCUUUGCCUUGGUGUGGACCGUGGCAGGCACCAUCAAUGCGGACAGCAGAAAGAAAUUUGAUCUGUUUUUCCGGAACCUGAUCAUGGGUAUGCAUGAUAACAAUCCAAGGCCCAAAAGCGUCAAACUCACCAAAAACAACAUAUUUCCAGAAAGAGGAAGCAUCUAUGAUUUUUAUUUCCUCAAGCAAGGUAAUGGACAUUGGUACACAUGGACAGACUAUAUCACCAAAGAGGAGGAAGGUAUCCCAGCUAAUGCAAAGGUCUCAGAACUCAUCAUCUCCACAAUGGAGACAGCCAGACAGUCCUUUUUCUUGAAAACCUACGUGGACCAUGAAAUUCCAGUGCUGUUCGUGGGGCCCACAGGCACUGGCAAAUCAGCCAUUACCAACAAUUUCCUUCUCCACCUUCCCAAAAGCACCUACCUGCCCAACUUCAUCAAUUUUUCUGCCCGAACCUCAGCCAAUCAGACUCAGGAUAUCAUCAUGUCCAAGCUGGACCGACGGCGGAAAGGCCUGUUUGGGCCUCCCCUAGGGAAGAAAGCAGUGGUAUUUGUGGAUGACCUCAACAUGCCAGCCAAAGAGGUGUACGGGGCCCAGCCCCCCAUUGAGCUCUUGAGACAAUGGAUCGACCAUGGUUACUGGUUUGACAAGAAGGACACAAGCAGGCUGGACAUCGUGGAUAUGCUGCUUGUGACAGCCAUGGGCCCCCCUGGGGGUGGAAGGAACGACAUCACUGGACGAUUCACUCGCCAUCUAAAUAUUCUUUCCAUCAACGCCUUUGAGGAUGACAUUUUAACCAAGAUUUUCAGUUCAAUUGCUGACUGGCACUUUGGGAAAGGAUUUGACGUGAUGUUCUUAAGGUAUGGAAAGAUGCUGGUACAAGCUACUAUGACAAUUUAUAAAGCUGCAGUGGAGAACUUCUUGCCAACCCCCUCCAAGUCUCAUUACAUCUUUAACUUACGGGACUUUUCACGAGUUAUCCAAGGGGUACUGCUCUGCCCGCACACUCACCUGCAGGAUGUGGAAAAAUUAAUCCGGCUGUGGAUCCAUGAGGUUUAUCGGGUAUUCUAUGACCGUCUGAUUGACUAUGAGGACAGACAGGUCUUCUUCAACAUGGUGAAGGAAGCCACAUCCAAUUGCUUCAAGCAGACUAUGGAGAAGGUCCUCAUUCACCUGUCACCCACUGGAAAGAUUGUUGACGAUAAUAUCCGUAGCCUCUUCUUUGGAGAUUAUUUCAAGCCACAGAGUGACCGCAAAAUCUAUGAUGAGAUCACUGACCUGAAACAGCUCACAGUGGUCAUGGAGUACUACCUGGAAGAGUUCAACAGCAUCAGCAAGGCCCCCAUGUCUUUGGUCAUGUUCAGGUUUGCCAUUGAACACAUCUCCAGGAUCUGCAGGGUCCUGAAGCAGGACAAAGGCCACUUGCUCCUGGUGGGCAUCGGGGGCAGUGGGCGACAGAGUGCCAGCAAACUGUCCACAUUCAUGAACUCAUACGAGCUAUACCAGAUUGAGAUCACCAAGAACUACUCAAAUCAUGACUGGCGGGAGGAUCUGAAGAAGAUCAUGCUGCAGGUUGGAGUAGUCAACAAGAGUACCGUGUUCCUCUUUGCUGAUAACCAAAUCAAGGAUGAAUCUUUUAUCGAGGACAUCAACAUGCUUCUGAACACAGGGGAUGUGCCCAACAUCUUCCCGUCUGAUGAGAAGGCUGACCUUGUAGAGAAAAUGCAAAUGGCAGCCAGGACAGAAGGCGAGAAGAUUGAAGUCACUCCUCUUUCUAUGUAUAGCUUCUUUAUUGACAGGGUGAAGAAGAACCUUCACAUUGUCCUUGCCAUGAGCCCAGUUGGGGACGCCUUCCGGAACCGGCUGCGGAUGUUCCCUUCACUGAUCAAUUGCUGUACAAUUGAUUGGUUCCAGUCCUGGCCCACGGAUGCCCUGGAGUUGGUAGCCAACAAAUUUCUGGAAGAUGUGGAGCUGGAUGACAAUAUUCGGAUAGAGGUCAUCUCCAUGUGCAAAUAUUUCCAAGAGAGUGUGAAGAACCUGUCACUUGAUUAUUACAACACACUUGGCAGACAUAACUACGUCACCCCCACCUCCUACCUCGAAUUGAUCCUAACCUUUAAGACCCUCCUCAAUACCAAGAGGCAUGAGGUUGAUAUGAUGAGGAACCGUUACCUGACAGGUCUGCAGAAACUGGAGUUUGCAUCUUCACAGGUAGCAGUAAUGCAAGUACAACUGACUGCUCUCCAGCCUCAACUCAUCCAGACAUCCGAGGAGACAGCCAAGAUGAUGGUGAAAAUUGAGGAGGAAACGAGAGAAGCUGAUGCCAAGAAACUUCUGGUGCAGGCAGAUGAAAAAGAAGCCAAUGCUGCCGCUGCCAUUGCUCAAGGAAUCAAGGAUGAAUGUGAGGGGGAUCUGGCAGAGGCCAUGCCGGCACUGGAGGCCGCACUGGCCGCACUGGACACCCUGAACCCAGCAGACAUCUCACUGGUGAAGUCCAUGCAGAACCCGCCCGGCCCCGUCAAGCUGGUCAUGGAAAGCAUCUGUGUCAUGAAAGGGCUGAAACCAGAGAGGAAGCCCGACUCCAGCGGCAGCGGUAAAAUGAUAGAAGACUACUGGGGAGUUUCAAGAAAGAUUCUGGGAGAUCUGAAAUUCUUGGAGAGUCUUAAGACAUAUGACAAAGACAACAUCCCCCCAGUGAUCAUGAAGCGGAUCCGGGAAAGAUUCAUCGAUCACCCAGAUUUCCAGCCAGCUGUCAUUAAAAAUGUGUCAUCUGCCUGUGAAGGUCUGUGCAAAUGGGUGAGGGCCAUGGAGGUGUACGAUCGUGUGGCCAAAGUGGUGGCUCCCAAACGGGAGCGGCUGAGGGAGGCCGAGGGGAAGCUAGGCACACAGAUGAAGAAACUGAACCAGAAGCGAGCAGAACUGAAGCUGGUGGAAGACCGCCUCCAGGCCCUGAACGACGACUUUGAAGACAUGAAUACCAAGAAAAAGACGCUGGAGGAAAACAUUGAAAUCUGCUCCCAAAAGCUGAUCAGGGCAGAAAAGCUGAUCAGUGGUCUUGGCGGAGAGAAGGACAGAUGGACAGAAGCUGCCCGGCAGCUAGAGAUCCGGUAUAUUGAUUUGACAGGAGAUGUGCUGUUAUCCUCAGGGACUGUGGCUUACCUUGGGGCCUUUACUGUGGAUUAUCGGGCACGGUGCCAGAAGCAGUGGUUGGCCCAGUGUAAAGAAAAGGUCAUCCCCAGCUCCAGUGACUUCAGUCUCAGCAACACACUAGGAGAUCCUGUAAAAAUCCGUGCCUGGCAGAUCGCUGGGCUGCCCGUUGACUCUUUCUCCAUCGACAAUGGCAUCAUUGUGUCCAAUUCCAGACGCUGGGCCUUAAUGAUUGACCCUCAGGGGCAGGCGAAUAAGUGGAUCAAGAACAUGGAGAAAACAAAUAAGCUGUCCAUCAUCAAAUUCUCAGAUGCCACCUAUGUGAGGACGCUGGAAAAUGCUCUGCAGCUUGGCACCCCCGUCCUACUAGAAAAUGUUGGAGAGGAGCUGGAUGCCUUUAUUGAACCCAUCUUGCUCAAGUCCACGUUCAGGCAGCAAGGGGUUGAGUACAUGAGGCUGGGUGAAAACAUCAUCGAAUACUCCAGAGAUUUUAAGUUAUACAUCACAACCCGUUUGAGGAACCCACAUUACCUCCCUGAAGUUGCCAUGAAAGUCUGCCUCCUCAACUUCAUGAUCACACCCUUAGGCCUCCAAGAUCAGCUCCUUGGCAUCGUGGCCGCCAAGGAGAAGCCAGAACUGGAAGAGAAGAAGAAUGAGUUGAUUGUGGAAAGUGCCAAGAACAAGAAGCAGCUAAAAGAAAUCGAAGAUAAGAUCUUAGAGGUCCUCUCCCUGUCUGAGGGCAACAUCCUUGAGGAUGAGACUGCCAUCAAAAUUUUGUCCUCCUCCAAACUGCUGUCUGAAGAGAUCUCUGAGAAACAGGAAAUUGCCUCAGUAACGGAAACACAGAUCGAUGAGACUCGGAUGGGCUACAAGCCAGUGGCUGUCCACUCUGCCACCAUCUUCUUCUGUAUCUCCGACCUGGCCAACAUCGAGCCCAUGUACCAGUACUCCCUGACCUGGUUUAUAAACCUCUAUGUGCAUUCCCUGGCAGACAGCAGUAAGAGCGAAGAACUGGACCUUCGAAUUGAGUACAUCAUUGGACAUUUUACCCUCAGCAUCUACAACAACGUCUGCCGCUCUCUGUUUGAGAAGGACAAACUCCUUUUUUCCCUCCUCCUGACCAUCGGCCUCAUGAAAGAGAAAAAGCAAAUUAAUGAGGAGGUUUGGUAUUUCCUUCUAACUGGAGGGGUCGCCCUGGACAACCCCUUCCCCAACCCAGCUCCUGAAUGGCUGUCUGAGAAGGCGUGGGCGGAAGUGGUUCGUGCCUCAGCGUUGCCGAAAAUGAAGGGCCUGAAAGAACAUUUAGAACAAAACCCUGAGGCCUGGAGGCUCAUCUAUGACUCCACUUUGCCCCACGAGGAGAAUUUCCCUGGAAAUUGGAAGUUCCUUAAGGGAUUGGAGAGGAUGGUGAUCCUACGAUGUUUGCGGCCUGACAAAAUCAUUCCAGCCAUUCGGGAGUUCAUUGCUGAACACAUGGGUGACGUGUACAUCGAAGCCCCUACAUUUGAUCUCCAGGGGUCCUACAACGAUUCCAGUUGUUGUGUGCCGUUGAUCUUCGUGUUGUCUCCAGGUGCAGACCCAAUGGCAGGCCUGCUGAAGUUUGCUGACGAUCUUGGCAUGGGAGGUGCAAGAACACAGACCAUCUCCCUUGGCCAAGGCCAAGGCUCCAUUGCUACCAAAAUGAUCAACACUGCCAUCAAAGAUGGGACCUGGGUGGUGUUACAGAACUGCCACCUGGCCACGAGCUGGAUGCCCAUGCUGGAGAAGAUCUGUGAGGAGGUGAUUGUUCCUGAAAGCACCAACAUCAGAUUCAGACUCUGGUUAACCAGCUAUCCAACAGAGAAAUUUCCAGUCAGCAUCCUCCAAAAUGGGAUCAAAAUGACCAACGAGCCCCCCAAAGGGCUCCGGGCCAACCUUUUGCGCUCCUACCUCAAUGACCCCAUCUCGGACCCCGUGUUCUUCCAAAGCUGCACAAAGGCAGUCAUGUGGCAAAAGCUGUUGUUCGGCCUUUGUUUCUUCCAUGCCAUUGUUCAAGAGAGGAGAAACUUCGGACCCCUGGGUUGGAAUAUUCCUUAUGAGUUCAACGAGUCUGACCUGAGGAUCAGUAUGCGGCAGAUCCAGAUGUUUCUGAAUGACUACAAGGAGGUGCCAUUUGAGGCUCUAACUUACCUGACAGGGGAAUGUAAUUACGGAGGCAGAGUGACUGAUGACAAAGACAGGCGUCUCCUGCUGUCCCUUCUGUCCACGUUCUACUGUAAGGAAAUUGAGGAGGAUCAUUACUGUCUUGCUCCUGGAGACAUUUACUAUGUCCCUCCUCAUGGCCCCUACCAGUCCUAUAUCGACUAUCUCAGGAACCUACCCAUCACAGCCCACCCAGAAGUCUUUGGCCUCCAUGAGAACGCUGACAUCACCAAGGACAACCAGGAAACCAACCAGCUAUUUCAAGGAGUGUUGCUGACCCUCCCUAGGCAGUCAGGAGGGAGUGGCAAGUCCCCUCAGGAAGUGAUUGAAGAGCUGGCCCAGGACAUACUCUCCAAGCUUCCCAAUGACUUUGACCUGGAAGUGGUUGUAAAGUUGUAUCCUGUAGUCUAUGAGGAAUCCAUGAACACCGUCCUAAGGCAGGAGCUCAUCAGAUUCAACAGGCUGAUCAAAGUGGUUCGCAGAAGCCUCAUUAAUCUUGGCCGAGCCAUCAAAGGACAGGUCCUGAUGUCCUCAGAGCUGGAGGAUGUCUUCAGUAGCAUGAUCGUGGGUAAAGUGCCAGCCAUGUGGAUGGCCAAGUCCUACCCAUCACUAAAGCCACUGGGGGGCUAUGUAGCUGACCUGCUGGCCCGCCUGGCCUUCUUCCAGGAAUGGAUUGACCAUGGGCCCCCUGUGGUCUUUUGGAUCUCUGGAUUCUACUUCACACAGUCUUUUUUGACGGGUGUCUCUCAGAAUUAUGCCCGGAAAUACACCAUCCCCAUUGACCACAUCGGAUUUGAAUUUGAGGUAACCACACAAGAAAUGGUCAUGGAGAGUAACCCAGAAGAUGGGGCCUACAUAAAAGGCCUCUUCUUGGAAGGUGCCCGCUGGGACAGGAAAACAAAGCAGAUUGGGGAGUCUUUCCCCAAGAUCCUCUAUGACCCAUUGCCCAUUAUUUGGCUGAAACCUGGAGAAAGUGCAAUGUUUCUGCAUCAGAACAUUUACAUGUGUCCAGUCUACAAAACAAGUGCCCGAAGAGGCAUCCUGUCCACCACGGGCCACUCCACCAACUACGUCCUGUCCAUUGAACUACCAACAGACAGGCCCCAGAAGCACUGGAUAAACCGAGGGGUAGCCUCUCUGUGCCAGCUGGAUAAUUAAUGGCAUCUGUCUCAACGCAGAAAAUAAAAGGCAUUUCAUU